CUGACGAAGUAGUCUUGCAUCCUGAUCAGCCGUGUAGCGUGAAACACGGCGAAAUGGCUGCCACGUUCCUCCCCGCUGCGGCAGCAGCAGCAGCAUCUCCCGUGGCGUUAUUCACGCUUGAAUCGCGUCAACCUUCUGCGCCCUACAAGUGCGUAACCCUAAUAUCGCAAAAGCCGGCGAUUUCCCGAGUUUAUCGUUACAGUCACAUUCAUGGCCCAAGAGUUUCCUUCCCUAAACUGCCUCGAUUCAACGUGUCAGCGAGCGCGAGUGACGUAGACGGACCCUCCCAGCGCGUCGGCUCCAGAAGACGUGGCAGGCCUCGGAAAAUCAGGUCCCCGGAGGAGGAAGCUUCGAGGGGAAAUUCGUCAGCUUCGGAACAUUCAAGGCAGGGCGACGAAGCUUCCUGGACGGAGAGCUCGUCUGACGAGGCUAGCGGAUCGGACGGCGAGGGUUCAGGGUUUCAGAAUAGGCUGGAGAGAUUCGAGAGCUCAGGCAGGGUAGUGAAGGUUGCUGCAGCGGAGAUUGUGACUAUACCGGGCAGGGCAUUGGAGGGCGAUACUGCAGAAAUUGUGACUCUGACGGAUGACUUUUCGAGUUCUGAUGACUAUAUCGAAGGCUCAGAUGCGGAGCCUGAAGAGUCUGACGAGGAACCCCUGCAAGCUGAUUGGUCGGGCGAGAGCGGGGAUCAGCCAAGCAACCCUGCUGGCAGCAGGGUGGUGGGCGGUCUUCCCCCUCCCACGUGGCGACAAGAGCUGCCGCCCUCUCCUCCGCCGGCGCCUGCGGGCCCCAGUCAGGUGGUUUGCGUGGGGGAGGCGGUUCGGGAAUUCGUCCCUGUUGUGCGCCGCAGCUCGCGGCAAGCCCCAGACGAGAUCUUUGCCACGUGGCGCAAUCUCCAAUGGGUGCCCCCCGAUUUCGCGCGCGCCCCGGGCGGGCCGGCGUGCCAGGUGGCCGUCGCGCUGGCGCGGCUGAAUGCUGACGUGGCGUUCGUUGGAGCAGUGGGAGACGACGACGCAGGAGAGGAAUUCCUGGAGAUUCUGGACGCCAAUGGCGUGUCGACACGUGGCGUGGAUAUGCGGCCCGGAUUAAGAACGGGAACAAAACUAAUCUCGUUGGAAAAAGUGGAAGCGAAUGGGAGCGAUGGGGAAUCAGGAGAGGCAGUAGAGAACGGAGAAAUUUUAAGAGGAGGGGUGGUGAUUAAAAAGAGCAACGGUGAUACUGCUGUGAAAGCAGCCACUGCGUGGCGUGUCGGCUUCCCAUUGGCUGAUGAAGCGAGUGACGUGGCAAGCUGGGAGGAGGAAGGGGAGGAGGAGGAGGAGGAGGAGGAGGAGGAGGAGGAGGAGGAGGAGGAGGAGGAGGAGGAGGAGGAGGAGGAGGAGGAGGAGGAGGAGGAGGAGGAGGAGGAGGAGGAGGAGGAGGAGGAGGAGGAGAGGGAGUCAACAGAGGGGGGGGAGGUCGGGGAGCGGAGAGUAAAGGGGCUGGCGGCGGCAGCAUCUGGGGGAGGCGUAUCUGAGGACGCAAGGGACGUGCUUACACAGGCCUCGUGGAUUCACUGCACCUCCAUGUCGCUCGCCACCCCUUCCGACCGCACUGCACUCCUCUCUGCACUAGACGCCGCAGGCUGCCACCCACUCUCCUCCUCCUCCCCUUCCCCCUCACUCUCCCUCACACCCUCCUCCCCUCACUCCUCCCCCUCCUCCCCCUCCCCCCCGCGCCUCUUCCUCGAUGUGAACCUUCCCCUCUGCCUCUGGGCCUCCCAAGCCUCAGCCUUGGCAGCGCUCGACCCGGUUUGGCGCCGAGCCUCCGUGGUGGAGGUGUCCCGUGCCGAAGCUGAGUUCCUGGUCGGGGAGGAGCAGUUUCUGCGGCGGCGGCAGGCUCGGGUGCGGUACGCUUCGGACUCGUACCUGACGUUGAGGGGGGAGCGGGAGGAGGGGGAGGGCGAGGGGGUGUACCACUGGAAGCCCGAGGAACUGGCCGGGCUGUGGCACGAGGGCAUGGAGCUGUUACUUGUUACUCAUGGCACCAUGCAGGUGCACUACUACGGACGGGGCUUCCACGGGUGGGUGGAGGGCACAGAGGACGUGCUCAUUGCGGCGAUGACGUGUGACAGGGCAGGGUCAGGGGACGCUCUUGUGGCAGGCCUCCUGCGUAAGCUUUCUACUAACCCGGCCAUUCUCCGUGACCAAGAUGCCCUUGAGAGGGCGAUUCGCUUUGCCAUUUCCGCCGGAGUUAUUUCCUCGUGGACAACCGGGGCCGUCAGGAGCUUUCCUUCGGAGGAAGCCACUCAGAACCUCACUGAGCAGAUGUUCUUGCCUUCCAUGAUUUGAGCACGAUGUCGCGUUUAUGCAAAGAUUUGGAAAUAUUGACCAAAAGUCCAAUGCAGGCAUUUUGGCAGUUGCCUUGCGUGUUUACACAUUAAAAGAAAAGAGAGCAC